CGAUUGUCUGUGGUCAAGAGAGUUCAGGAAAGGCUGAGGCACCUCAGGUGGUGACCCCACCAAGCGCAGUGGACUCAAGCCUCUUAAUGCGGGUCAAAGGGAAGGUGGAAUGGAAUCCCAGUGAAACUCUCCAAGCGGACUGGCUUCCUUUCAAAGGUGGCGAGGUCAUGUAUACAGAUGGCAUCAAAACGUCAGGUUUUAUUCGCGGAAGCCCACAUCCCUACAGUGGUUACGUUGCGAUGAACUCCGCCGGACGGAAGGGCUUUGUCCACAACGGAUUUCCCAGUUAUGGUCGGUACGCCCCUGAGCUCAUGAAGAGAACAGCUCACCACAACCUCGUCCAACCGUCCUUGUCUCACUCGUGGUACAAACGUUGA